AUGGAGGAUCUAUUUUACCAUGGCUGGGUACGAUUCAUUUACUUUCUUCUCCAGUCAACUUCUAACGACCACAGUCUUCUCAUUGGGCUUUACUUGGUCAAUCUUGAAGUCACCAUUGUGAGCACGUCGCUCAUCAAUAUUACGGACGAUCUAAACGGUUUCCAAAAGACCAGUUGGGUUGUAACAGGGUUCCUGACGACUUAUACCGCAUUUAUGGCCCAGUGGACAAAAAUAAGCAACAUAAUUGGUCGCAAAAGAGCCGUCAUUGCUGCUGAUCUUGCGUUCUUGGCCUUCUCGCUUGGGUGCGGACUAGCUCAAAAUAUGAACCAAUUGAUCAUAUUUCGGUCGCUACAAGGUGCCGGAGGAGCAGGAGUUUACUCAUUAACUAUUCUGUGUGUAUAUGAGGUCGCCCCCAAGUCAAAAAUCCCAUUUUACGGUGCUAUGGUGGCCAUUACUAUUGCCCUCGCAUCAUUGACUGGGCCAAUUUUUGGCGGCCUAUUGGCCGAGCAUUCAGCCUGGAGAUGGGUCUUUUACAUCAAUCUCCCACCCGGAGGAUUGGCAGUAAUGAUGUUGUUCAUUGCAAUGCCUUCGUCAUUUGGUACUGCGACACCACUAUCGAUGCCUUCUUUGCGACCAAGUCUUUGGCUAUUCAAAAGGUUUGAUGCACUGGGUAGCUUUUUGCUACUAAGUGCAUCUCUCCUAUUGGUCACCGUAUUGAAUGAGACCAGCAUCGAAUUUAGUUGGUCGUCCGGAGCCGCCAUUGGCCUCCUCACACUUUCCGGUACUUUGUGGAUUGCCUUUUUUACAUGGGAGUGGUAUAUACCCGACUACAUGCCGGAUAUCGAAGCAAUCUUUCCAAGGCGGUUUGUCUACAACAAAGCAUGGAUGGGGAUGCUAUUGACCAACUUCCUUUGUGGAUGCCCCUGGAAUGUGGUCAUUGUGUACCUUGCUCAAAGAUUUCAGGUGCUCACCAAAUUCUCGACACUUGAAGCUGGUAUUCACAUUAUACCGUACUCCGCCGUCGCAACGGGGGCUACUAUGCUAACUUGUCUGAUAAGCCGAAAGUUCUGCGUGCCUGUAGUUUACUUUGCACUUAUUGGAUCAAUCCUCCACACCGUUGGGAUGUCACUUUUUUCCAUUCUUCCAGAGAACACUUCCUACCCCCCUGAGGGUUAUGGAUAUGAAGCUAUCGCUGGGGCGGGUGUAGGAAUCACAAUCGGCAUCCUGACUUUGGCUGUACCCUAUAUUGUUGAACCCAGAGAUUUAGCUACUGCAACCGGAGCUCUCAAUCAAGCUCGAUUCUUGGGCGGAGCUAUUGGAUUAGCUAUCGCAUCGAAUAUUCUCUAUGGGAAAAUCAAAAGCGAAUUGUCCGACACUUUGUCUCCUGAACAGGUUGACCAAGUGCUGGAAAAAGUGAAUAAUAUAGAUUCCCGACCGCAAGAAGUGCAGAAGGCUGCCGUGGAUGCUUUUGCCAGGAGCUAUACCCGCCAGUUCCAGACUAUGAUUGCCUUUGCUGCUUUGCAGAUUCCGGCGUCAUUGUUGAUUUUCAAACGUGGGCGGCAAUAUGUCGCCGCGUGA